AUUAAUCUGAUAAACAUUACAUUAAACAAAUUGAAUAUUGCACAGAUCUUCAUUUUGUCGAUUCAUUAAUUAUAAAGUAACUUUUAUAGUUAACCUACUGAAUGAAUCACAGGUCACAGCGAUUGAACUAUUCGCGAAGAACAACAAACGCAGCAGCUGUUUUGCCCCUGAUAUUGCAGCUAAAUUGAUGCAAAACUGGCACACACAGGCAGCAGCAGCAGUGGCAGCAGCAUGCGACGCAACAAUUAUCCAUACCAGCCCCUAAAUCAGCAUCCUGCUCCCAGCGGACCAGCUGGACACGAUGCAUUGGAGGCCGAAAACGAACGCGCCGCCGAGGAACUGCAACAGAAAAUAGGCGCACUCAAAUCCCUGACCAUAGACAUUGGCAAUGAGGUGCGCUAUCAGGACAAGCUGCUGCGCGGCAUUGACGAUGACAUGGAUCGGACAGGUGGAUUUCUGGGCAACACAAUGACACGCGUCGUACGUCUGGCCAAGCAGGGGGGCGGCUCCAAGCAAAUGUGUUACAUGUUCCUCUUUGUCCUGUUCGUUUUUGUGCUGCUGUGGCUCACGCUGAAGUUCAAAUAGUCGGGCCGUGUUUUAUUUUUUAAAUAUAUUUUUAAAUAACUAC